AUGGGGAAGGUGCACGGUUCAUUGGCUCGUGCCGGUAAGGUGAGAGGUCAGACACCAAAAGUAGCUAAGCAGGACAAGAAGAAGAAGCCUCGUGGUCGUGCUCACAAGAGGAUGCAACACAAUCGCCGAUUCGUCACUGCCGUUGUUGGUUUUGGCAAGAAGAGAGGACCAAACUCCUCAGAGAAGUAG